CUCAGCAGCAGAGGAAACCAGUGGUGCAGCAGCGGAGUCAUACCAAGCAUAGCCUGCGUGUCAGUGCAGUCGACUUACAGCUGGCUGUGAGGAGAACUGACGCUACUCUUUUUAUUUUUUUUUUUUUGCUCUUUGUCACCGCGACACAUUUACCUGCAUUUUAAAACAAAACUAAACUCAUUAGAGUAACUGGGGGAAUCCGGUUUGUAUCCUCUCUGCGGGGUUUUAUUAAAGGGGGUUUCUAGAAAACUAAAGUUGGAGGCUGGGCCUUUUAGCUUUUUGACCGUCGCUUGAGAGGAGAGGAAAAAAAAGCUGGUCUUUUUUUUUGUUGUUGUAAAAACUCGAUAAAUGCUACUAACGAAAAUGGACCUGUUGAACUACCAGUAUCUGGACAAAAUGAACAACAACAUUGGCAUUCUCUGCUACGAAGGUGAAGCAGCUUUGAGGGGGGACCCCAGACUCCAGUCCCUGUCCCUAUCCUCGUCUUCCUCAUCAUCAUCAUCCUCUUCGUCAUCAUCUUCCUCUUCCUCCUCCAUCUCCAGCCAAAGGACAGGUCCUCCUCCCAUCAGCCCCACCAAGAGGAAGCUGAGCGGGGACCAGGGGGACAGCGACAUGGACGACAGCGAGCAUGUGGCAAAGAUCAGCCGACUGUUUGCUGCGCAGCUGAAACCUAAUGGAGAUUAUCGCAGCUCUCCUGUCUCCAAGGACCAGAGCCGGAGCCCCAUUGAGCGUGUGGUGGUGCCCAGUGCUAUGGGAGUCCACAGCAACCACCUGUACAGCCAUGCCCACCACCACCAUCACCACCUGGCCAGCUUAGCCAGCAUGGACCAGCCACUGGCACUCACCAAAAACAGCAUGGUGGAGUCUGCACGUAGCAGCACAGCAGCUAUGGCCACAGUGCCACACACAGUCAGCGCAGUGGAACGCCAGCAGAAUCGUCCGUCAGUGAUCACGUGCGCCCCGGCCAACAACCGCAACUGCAACCUGUCUCACUGUCCAGUCUCCCACAACGGCUGCUCAGGCCUCACUAACAACUACAGGAGAAUCAACACCAACACAGCUUGCGACCCGGUGAUUGAGGAGCAUUUCCGUCGUAGCCUUGGGAAGAACUACAAGGAGCCCGAACCUGCCGCCACCAACUCCGUGUCCAUCACGGGCUCGGUGGACGACCAUUUCGCCAAGGCGUUGGGUGAGACCUGGCUGCAGAUCAAAAACAAGGGGAGUCCCUCCUCGUCCGGCAGCAGCCCAAACUCCUCCCCCGACAGUCACAUGGUCAAUCACAACCACUCCCCUUCUGUGGUCUCCUGAAGGAGGAGGGAUUUAAGAGGGAUUUUUUUUUCCCCAUUUCCCAUCCCCUCCUAAUCCUACCGGCUCCAACACCCACGCCCCUCCGUCACUUUGGUCCGUCACCAGCAUCCCAGAGGGAAUGCCUGCCUGCUGGUCUGCUAAAAACAUCCAAAACUCUCAAGCCUGCUCUAACCUCUCUAUGCACUCAUAGAGGAUCGAUGAAGCAAUAACGACAUGGUUAUUGUUUUUUUUUUCUCCUUCUGUCCUUUGGUAUGCUAAUGCCAGACAAGAUUCAGUAACGUGAUGAGGUUUCGACUUUGGGACUUGACUGGAGCAUCAAGCUGCUCCUUCCAAUUAUUCAUCACCCCUGCAUGUCAAGCUUGGAGCUGAGCAAGUGUCUGUAGUUAUAUGUACAUAAAAAGAGAGAGAGGAAAGGUGGUGUUUUAAUUAUUAAUUUUCUUUUCUUCUUUUUUUUUGUUUUGUUUGUUUGUUUGUUUCUUUAACAGUAGUUUUGUGUUACUGCUUCUGUGUUAUGAGAUGCCCGACAUUUGAGAGAAAAAAAGAUAAGCGAGAAACUCUUUGGAGAAAACGAUCACAAACCACCUGACUGUGCUACCAAAGAAACCUCAGACACUGAUGUUUAUCUCUGCCCACCUCGAAAACAAAACAACAAAAAGCCUUCUUGUAAUCCCCUCCUUCUGUUUUUAUCUUCUUUCAUUCGCUCUCCCUCCUUCCUGCACCAUCUCUCUCCUGUGUAUGUGAUCUGGUGGUUUUGUUACUGUAUGUGUAUACUUAAGUGAUUGACUUGGUCUGAUUUGCACUACUGCUGUAGAAGGUUAAAGGAUGGCAUGCCGGUAUUGUUAUCUGGCACUGCACACAUUGUGACUGAUACAGCUGAUUUUGACACACUCUGAUAUUAUCCAAUUGUUCUGUUUGAUCUGCCAUUAACUCUUGUUGAAAAACUACCUAAGCAUAAUCUCAUACUGACAAAGACAGACAAAUACAAGCCACUUUAUUAUGCAUUAUUUAUCGAAUGCAUUUCUGAGAUAAUAGAAAAUACAUACCACUGGGGUUGGGCACUAUAAAAUAGUAGAGAUAUGAAACAUAAUAUGGAUUUGGAUGUGUCCUGUUAUAACAUUAAUUGUGACAUCACUGCAUGUUGACUAGUGCAGCUAUUAACUAAAAACAAACAUGCUGAGAGAAGGUGGGUGAACAAAUUGAAGAUAAUUAAAAACAUAUUUUGUUUUGAGGUGAUAAUAAAUGUAUCCCGCAACGAAACCAGUUCAAAAUCCAAACUAUGGAUGAAGGACAGUUUCCUCCAUUACUCACUCACCAGCACUUCACUACAGUGUCGCUCCACAUGACGUCACACUUGCAGUCGUGGGGCGCUCUGUAUUAAGGGUGAGGGUAUAAAUAAAUAGGUAAACGGUGGGAGGCACUGACCACGCUCCACCUUAAGCAGGAGACAUGCAUCACCAUGGUUACUGAUAGAGGCAAUUAUCACCCAGUUGCUGUAGUAUGCCACUUCCCUGCAUAACAUCCCCAAAACAAGCUUUAUAAGUCAGGUGAAUUAUGAAUAUGCUAAUGUUUCACCUCUGUGGGUUUGUCUAAAAUCACUAGUAAAGUGUGAGGAAAAUGUAGCAAAGUUAUAUGUGCACAAAAUAUUUAGGUAGCAAUAAGAUGGAACUUAAAUUUACUUUAUUGUCCAGCAGGUUCACCUCUAGAAUUCAUUUCUUCACCUACCUUUUUUUCCACCACGCAAAUGUGCAUUCUGUAGAAAUUUUGUGGGGAAAAAAUCAUAGUUUAAGUCAAUUUGAUAUCGAUUCGUUAUACCGCCCAGCCCUACAUAGUACAGCAAAUACAGGUCCAUCUACUGUUCAUAAAACAGCGUUUCUCUAUAUCGGCAUAGAUAAAUAUAUCGCCGCCCCAACAAAAACAAACAAAACUACUUCAGGUGUGCAAAUCGUGCCAAAUGGUUGCAUUUGAUUUUUACAAGCACAGUCAGGUUGUCAAAUCAGCUCACCGUGGUGUCGAUGGACAUCUCACGGUCAUUACGAGAGGAGAUUAGAGCUGAAAACGCAGUCGAAACAACCUGUAGUGUGUCGUAGGUUGGGCUUUGCUGAACAAUGUGCUUUGAUGUGUUUCAUAGGCUUAACUGCUGACAGUGAUGAGGGGAUAGAAGCUGUAUGUCACUUUGUGGUUGAAAAAAAAAAGUCUUGCUUCUCGACUGGGGGAGAGAAUAUUAUUUAGAUCUCUUCAAACAUGCCUUUUGUUUUUGUGACUUUUAAUUACAUUUGGCUUACACCCUGCUAUCCCUCCUUCCCUCCCUGCCUCCCUCCCUCUCCUACACACUGUGGUUUGGUAGAUUUCUACAAGGUUUGAAGGGUAAACUAAUGCUUUUACAGAUGCAUGUUUUUUUGUUUUUUUUGUUUUUUUAAUAGCUGGUAUCUAUUAGUGUUUUUAAGCAUUUCAAUCUUAACUACUAUUAGCCUUUUCAUUCGGACGUUAGUUGUUACUUUGUUCAUUGUCAGUAACAGACAUAGACACUAUACACUCACUGCUGGGUCAGUUGUACUCCAUGUUAUUAUUGUUAUUGUUAUUAUUACAAUUUUGUAUUUUUGUUUUCCAUUAAUAUCAGUAUGGUAACAAACAUCUAUAGCGGGACAGCCUCCGGACAGGCUCUGUUUAAUGAUGAGUGCUGCAUAUCUCAAAACCAUUUCGGCACGUCAAGCGAUCCGCUCCGUCCUCGCGGCAGAGCGACUGUCGGUCCUGUGCUGAGUUGGCUUUGGGAUGUGCAGCCCGUAAAAAAGGUUUUCUUAAGAUGUUGAUCCAUCGGUGGUACAGGAUGCUACAACCCUCAGCAUGACUGAGCUGAGACACCAAAUCGGCACAAAUUAGUCAGCAGGGUUUUGUUUUCCAGAAAAGCAUCUUAGCCACAGAUGAAGUGGACUUUAUUCUUGUGAGUCUGUUUGGCUGCUGUCUUAAUAGCACCACUUCUGUACCAGCUUUUACCCAAGUUCUUGCUUGUGAAUAUAACUUUGCUGCAGUCUGAAAAAUGCCUAAUACAGGACAGACUAGUGGCUGUGAUGCUUUUGGGGAAAUAAGAUCUGGUUUAAGGUAAGAGUUAAUGAUCUUAAACAGCUGGUAGACACUUAUCACACUAAAGAAUUAUUUGAUGCCACAAAAUCUUAUUAGAAAAAUACAGACGCUUUCAAAAAACAUCUGAAUUUAUAGUGUGACGUCACAGCUCUCUCAAACUUCAGCAGCUGACUUUUUGUGUCCCGACUUGUUGUCCAGACCUUUUUUUUUUUGUUUGUAUUUCAAUGCUUUCUUUUCUGAACAACAUUGUAUUGUUGCUGCAGUUAAGCUAGACUGCUGCAGUCUGAGCAAAUGAAUUUUACUCUGUUAAAGAGCCUGCGCCAUGAUGGCAUACAUUCCUCCUGUAGGGAACUUUGUACAGGACUCAUACACACACACUCAAUAUCUCCGCAUCAACAGACAGAGCUAACAACCAGCCAGGGUCAACUGUCCCAGAGUACCCUGUCGACAGUGUUUUUUGUAUCUUGACCGGAAUUAUAAAGUGUCAUCUUUUGUUUUGUUUUUUUUUGUUUGUUUUUUUUGUCUUUUCAUCAAGCAAAUUGGCCAUAAAUCCAAACUGUAUGACAAAAGAACAACAGCAGCAUAACAUUUUUGAGGAUAUUCAGAGCGCAGAACUUAGAGAACUGGGGUUGUAACAGUAACAGUGGAAGGUGAAAAAGUACAGAAUGAUUUCAUGUCUCUGAGCUGAGGUUGACAGGUGAUUAUUGUUUUUUUUUUGUUUUUUUUCAGGUCAUAUUUAACAAGUAUGACGGAUGCAUACAUAAGAGUUCUCUGAAUGGUGUCAGUGUUCUAGAAUGUCCACACAUUCCAUCCUCAGCUCUCAGAACAGACGUUACAGAACCGGAACUGAUGAUAAAAGUUCUAGAAUCUUUUGAAUCACAACCCAACUGUCAGAGAAUUGACUUCCAGAAGGUUUAAGUACUCUAUAGUGUAAAUGUGCUUUCUGUGACAGGUUCAGAGUGGUUUGGACAGCGACGUUUGUGGGGGGGCUGAGCCUUCAGGAGCUGAGCUUCUGUAAGCAUGGCCUAUGAGCCAGGUGACGUUCAGCUGCCACUGAAAGUCUUUUUGAAAGUCUCGCAGCAAUGCCUCCCCCCCGCCACCCCCCAGAUUCAUUUGAUCCUGAUUAACGAUUGGAUGUAGUUAGCAGCAUGCUAGAAAACACGAGGGAAAGGGCUAGGUGUCCAGAGGUUUUUUUGUUUUUCUAUUAUUAUUCUUUCUCAUUAUCAUUUCACUACCACCCUGAAGGUAGGAGGCUCUCUUUCUGCUUCGGCACACACUCCCUACACACUGUAGGAAAAUCACUUAAUAAAAAAUACUUUUUUAUAAUAGGUAACUAUGAGACCAUCAUUACGCUGUGCGUAACGAAUGUACAGAGAAAAAAAUCGUAGGUAUUUUUUGAGGAACAAUUAAUUUGUUAAUGAUAUGUAGCUAUUUAAUUGUUGUUUUUCCCUGUCCUUAUAUUGUAAUCAUUGCAUUUUCUUUUUUUGUGAAAAAAGUUGAUCUUUUUUGUUUAUAGUUUGUCUUGUUAGAGUAAAGGUUCAAGUGCAGGAACACAGUAAACGUAUGAAAACCACAAUAAGCCACUGGUCUGUCGGUGACAAUCGCUACUUCCAUUGGUCCCCCACUGUUCUGCAAUCAUUUAACUUUGGUUCCUUCAAGUGACUUCUGAGACAUCUGAACAAAAGUUUUACUUAUGAGUAAAUACAGUUUCUCCUUGUAGAGUCUCUUGAGCUGUUCAUAUCAUCAUAUUUUUUUGCCUCUAGCCCAGUGCGUCUUGCUGGCCAUUUCCAAAUCACCCCCAAUCAACUGUUAAAUAAUCUUAUGGGCUAGCAGGCAGGGAAAAUUUCCGCCACUGCAUAUACAGAAUAUAAACUGUGGGGUUUGAAAAGUCUUGCAAUUGAACCAUUUUUAGUCUACAGAUGGAAACUUGGCUACGAGUAAAAUCAUCAGUCCAUUUGAGAACAUUUGUCAGAUUGAUUUAACUUGCCUGGAUCAAAAAAAUGAAAUCACUGAAGACGUGAAUCCAACAUUUUCGUUCAUAUUUCGUUCUAAAGUUCAUCUGCUUUGUUGCCAGUCAGUGAGGCUGAGAUGAUCCAAGUAUUAAGCAAGCUCAAACUUGCAUUGAUGUCACAGUUCUCCAUCUGCGGAGGCCAUUUUGCAUCUGUAAUGAAGUGAACAACAAGAAAUUGUGCAGAUAAAUCAAGGGGAGUCGGUCCUUACUCUGUACCACAUUUUCCAGGUCCUUUUUGAAGUGGAAGUAGCAUGUACUUAGUGGUAGUAAUACUCUGAACUGUAAAAAGAAAAAAUUGUAUCAAGAAAACAACAGUCAGUUUGUGGCUCUGUGUCUCCUACUAAAAAGGUUUUGGCAGGCCACCUUUUUUGUAUGUAAAGUAGCCUUGAUGAACAAUAAAGUGCUUUUAAACCAC